CCAUGGCCGCCGACCAAGAAGUCCAAAUCCUCCGCGGUUACGAGCUCCGUCUUCUCCGAUCGACUGUGUCUCCUCCUCUGUCUGAUUCUCCCUCUCCUCAAUCUCAGCCGUUGGAUGGCUCCCAAUCUCAAAUCCACCCGCACGACUCGCUUAUCCGGGUCCUAUUGUCCUCCAUCGAGGCCGGGGAUUAUCUCGGAACCCUAGCCUCCGACGCCCCGCGGAUGAUCUUCGGUGAUGUUGAGUUCGAAAUCGUUGACUCAUUUGAGUCCGCCGACCGAAUUUACUCCGAGCUUCUCGACCGCGUCGAAUCGUUCGUCGCGAACGGUUCGAAAGAUGACAGCGAAAAGGCCCGUCGCGUCGUUUUGGUGAUGUGCAUUGCAAUCUCUGCGGCUUUGUGGUUCACUCGUUGUAAUCUGACAGGACCUGCGGAGGGACUGCCAAAAUGUCCAGUGCCGUUCAAAGUAUCAGAAAGCAAGGAAUUUGUUGAAUGGGAGAACUGGGCAAAGAUUCAGCUCAUGUCUGUAGGCUCUGACUUGCUCGGGAAGUUUUCGAAUCUCCAGUAUCUUGUGUUUGCUAAAAUGCUACUGUUAAGGAUGAAAGAUCUGUUGUUUGAGACAACUGUAGUGGAAACAUUUGGAUUUAGGAGUAUUUCAUGGUGGCUCGUCAGAGUUUUCCUCAUUCAUCAAAGAGUUCUGCACGAGCGUUCUUCAUCCUUGUUUGAUCUGUCACAAGUUUAUAUGGCUGAAGCUCUAGACCAGUUUGGAGCGCUGGAAGAAGUUAAAAGCUACUGGCUUGGCAAAUUAAAAGAUGAUGAAGUUUCAUCCAUCGUGUCAAUUGUCCAUAUGGAAGCAGGUGUGUUGCAAUAUAUUUAUGGAAGGAUUGAUUCUUGUCGGCUGCAGCUUGAAUCUGCCGGAGUGGCAGCGGGAUUUAAACUCUCUCUCACUGGAGCUCUUGGUUUUCGCACGGUUCAUCAAGUAGAACCAAAGGCACAAAUGGUAUUGGUUGCCAAUACCAGCUCAUCCGAUGGGGACAUUAUGUUAUCUUCUGGAAAAUCUGAUAUUGGAGUUCAAAAAUCUUGGGGAGGUGAAGUCCCUGACAUAUAUAUGACACCAAAGCUACUCGAUAAAGGCAACGAAGCUGGAAAAGAUGGUGCUCCUUUAAAACCAGUUGAACAAGCAUUGGUUUUGGGUCAAUGCCUUUUAAUUGAAAGGGGUAGUCGGCAAGAUGAGAUGCAAAAAUGGGAUAUGGCUCCAUAUAUAGAAGCAAUAGAUUCUCAAGAAUCAACAUAUUUUACUCUACGGUGUUUUUGUGACUUAUUACGGAUUCGGUGGGAAUCAGCUCGCGGUCGCACAAAGGGGCGUGCUCUAGAGAUGGUGGAGAAAUUGGUUGAGGCUAUAAACAAGAGUGAUAUUGGGGCAGCAAAAAGGAUCCCUUUAUGUUAUGCUGUCCAUUUUCCUACUAUUCCUGCUUUGAGGAAGGAAUAUGGUGAGCUCCUGGUUAGUUGCGGUUUGGUAGGGGAAGCAAUCACAAUAUUUGAGAGCCUAGAGUUGUGGGAUAAUCUAAUCUACUGUAAUUGCCUUUUGGGGAAGAAAGCAGCCGCUGUUGAUCUCAUCAAGGCACGACUCUCUGAACGGCCAAAUGACCCAAGAUUAUGGUGCUCACUAGGUGAUGUUACAAACAAUGAUGCCUGUUACGAAAAAGCCUUGGAAGUCUCUAACGAUAAGUCAGUCCGUGCUAAGAGGUCUCUCGCUCGUAGUGCAUAUAAUCGUGGUGACUAUGAAAAGUCCAAGAUGUUGUGGGAGUCUGCAAUGGAGUUGAAUUCGCUUUACCCAGAUGGUUGGUUUGCUCUUGGUGCUGCUGCAUUGAAGGCCAGAGAUGUUCAGAAGGCUCUUGAUGCAUUCACUUUUGCCGUUCAACUUGAUCCUGAGAAUGGGGAGGCUUGGAACAAUAUUGCUUGUCUGCAUAUGAUUAAGAAGAAGAGCAAGGAAUCCUUCAUAGCUUUCAAGGAAGCCCUGAAAUUCAAGCGAGAUAGCUGGCAAAUGUGGGAGAAUUUCAGUCAUGUGGCUAUGGAUGUAGGAAAUAUCGAUCAGGCCCUUGAAGCUGUACAGCGGAUCCUGAAAAUGAGCAACAACAAAAGAAUCGAUGUAGGACUAUUGGAACGUAUAAUGGGAGAACUGGAAAAUCGAAAUUCAGCUAGUCGGUCAUCAGCUUCAUCAACGGACAAUCAAGUUUCCUCUGAUGAAUCACCGGAAACGAGACCAUAUGUUGCAGCUCCAGCAGAAACACAACGCCAACUAGAGGUGCUGGGGAAAAUUCUAGAGCAGAUCGUUAGGAGCGAAAGUACAGCUGAAAUUUGGGGAUUAUUUGCAAGAUGGUGUAGAAACAAAGGUGAACUUACGAGAUGCAGUGAGGCACUUCUUAAACAAGUGAGGUCAUAUCAGGGAUCAGAACUGUGGCAAAACAGAGAGCGUUUCAGAAAGUAUGCAAAAGCUUCCUUAGAACUAUGCAGAGUGUAUAUGGAAAUCUCGGUUUCGACGAGAAGCCAACAAGAACUCCGCAGUGCUAAGAUGCUCCUUCAGAACACAAUUAAGCAGGCAGCUGUGAACUUCUCGGACACGGAAGAAUUCAGUGAUCUUGAAGCUUGUCUCAAUGAAGUGGCACAGAUUCUCUUAGAGAAUGCGAACGCAACAACGUGAGGAAUGAAGAAACUUCACGGUUAGCUGUUGUAACCUUUAUAUGAUUAAUCAUAAUUUUGUGAUUUUUGUCUCAACAUUUUAUGUUCUCACCUUCUCAUUACCAUUUUAUGUAUGAUAUAAGUUGCAAGCAAACGUUAGAUCUUGUAUCGUUUCUGUGACUUUAUUAAAUUGAAUUCAUUAGAAGGUUCCAUGACAGAACCGAUCCUUGGAAGUCGUCGGGACAUGAGGAACACGCAAUUAUCAAGUGUUUGCAAUUGUGAUUUAA